CGCAUGCGCAGUAACAGCAAACUACUUUCACUUUGCACAGGUUUGGAGCUGCCCUGUUCUCUACAGCUUUCCGCCCAAACGUGCAACACAAAAGAAAUAUAAAUGUUACCAUCAAAGUCGUGUUUGAUCGAUUGAAGGUAUAAUUUCGCCGGUUCAGUCUUAAAAGCUAAAGACAACGAAGCGUAAACAACACGGUUAGCUAACACUGUGCAGCAACAAUGAUUUGAGAUCUAAAGUUGGCUAAUUAUCAUCUAACGACCUAGCUGAGGUCCUUUGCAGACUACCGCGGUUGCACAAGCAGCUCCAGCAGCCCUCACACCAUGGAGCGCACUGCACUCAAACAGUGUGGCUCCUGGGAAAUGAAGGAGAGACUUGGGAUGGGAGGCUUUGGGCACGUCUACCUGUACCAGCACCUUGAGUCGGGUGAGAAGAUCGCCGUGAAAAUUUGCCGCAUGGAGCUGAACUCUAAGAACAAAGACCGCUGGAGCCGAGAGAUCCAGAUCAUGAAGAAGUUGAACCAUGUCAAUGUUGUCCAGGCCAGAGAAGUUCCAGAGGAGUUGAACUCCGUUGCUUUAAAUGACCUACCUCUGCUGACCAUGGAGUACUGUUCAAGAGGAGACCUGCGCAAGGUGUUGAAUAAACCAGAAAACUGUUGUGGGCUGAAGGAGAGUGAAAUCCUCUCACUCCUCCGUGACAUCGGUUCUGGUGUCCAGUAUCUCCAUGAAAAUAAGAUCAUCCACAGAGACCUAAAGCCAGAGAACAUAGUUUUGCAGGAGAUUGAUGGGAAGCUUGUCCAUAAAAUCAUAGAUUUGGGUUAUGCAAAAGACCUGGAUCAAGGCAGUCUCUGUACAUCCUUUGUUGGGACUCUCCAGUAUCUGGCUCCAGAACUGUUUGAGAGUAAACCCUACACUGUAACUGUGGACUACUGGAGCUUUGGGACAGUGAUCUUUGAAUGCACUUGUGGCUUUCGUCCCUUUUUACACCACAUGCAGCCUGUACAGUGGACAAGUAAAGUCAGGAACAAAGGUCUCAACGACAUCAUGGCAGUAGAGGACAUGAAUGGGGAAGUAAGAUUCUCUGCACAUCUCCCAUAUCCCAACAAUCUAAGCAGGCCGCUGCUGGAACCAGUUGAGUCUCUACUGCAAAUGCUGUUAGUGUGGGACCCUGCCACACGUGGUGGAGGGCUCGAUCCUGACACAAACAAGCCGCACUGUUACACCACCCUACAGAAUAUUCUCAACAUGAAGGUAAUUCAUGUGUUGGAUAUGACAUCGGCCCAGCUACACUCACUGGUUUUGGGUGCUGAAGAUAGCUUACACUCCCUGCAGCUUCGUCUGGAGACCCACACUCAGACACACAUCUCCCCGCUGAGUCAAGAGCUGCUGCUGGAGACGGGAAUCUCCCUCGACCCACGCAGACCGCCCGCACACUGUCUGCCAGAUGGAUUACGAGGCUGGGACAGCUCCAUAGUCUUCCUGUUUGAUAAGAGCCUGACCAAGUACUCUGGACCACUGACUGCCAGACCUCUGCCAGACAGUGUCAACUUUAUUGUCAGGGAGACUAAGACCCAGCUCGCACUGUCUGCACUGAGAAAGGUGUGGGGGGAAGCGGUCAGCUACAUCUGUGGACUGAAAGAGGACUACAUUCGCCUGUACCAGGGACAGAGGGCUGCCAUGCUGAGUCUGCUGCGUUACAAUACCAACUUAACACGGUACAAGAACCUGCUGUUCUCCCAGUCGCAGCAGCUCAGAGCAAAACUGGCUUUCUUUAAGAUCAGCAUCCAGCACGACCUUGAGCAGUACACCAAGCAGAAGUACACUGGCAUCUCUUCAGAAAAAAUGCUGAGGACCUGGCAGGAUAAUGAAGAAAAGGCUGAUGGGUUUACAAAGGUUGCAGAUGUAGGGUAUCUGGAUGAAGAGAUAGUGGCUCUACACUCUGAGAUUGUGGAACUGCAGAGGAGCCCGUUUGCAAGGAGACAAGGGGAUGUAAUGGAACAGCUUGAAGACAAGGCUAUUGAACUCUACAAGCAACUAAAAGCAAAAUGCAAAAGCCCUGACCCUCCACAUGGCUACAGUGACAGCUCAGACAUGGUGAAGAUCAUACUCCAGACAGUUCAGAACCAGGACAGAGUGCUCAAAGAUUUGUACACUCACCUGAGCACAAUUCUGGUGUGUAAGCAACGCAUAGUUGAUUUAUUCCCUAAGUUGGAGAGGGCGGUAGAGAACAUAAAAUCUGCAGAGGCAGCAGUAAUGCAGAUGCAAAUGAAGCGACAAAAGGAGUUCUGGUACCUCCUCAAGAUUGCCUGUGUGAGUAGCAAUUCUCAAGCACAGUCUCAUGUGCAACAACACACUGACAGUGAAACUGUUCAUCAAUUACUUGAUGAAAAUCAGCGUUAUCUGAGUCAGCUCACUUCACUGCUGCAAGACACCACCCAGGAGAUGGAGCACACUGUCAUGGAUCAAGACUGGAGCUGGACUCAGUGUGGAACAGUGAAAGCCCAGCCUCAGAAGCUAUAGAAGCUGACCAAAGACUCAGUGCCAUGCCUCAAAGACACACAAUAUACUGUAAACAAAUGCCUUAUCAGUUACACUAUCUGAAAGCUUUGUGAUUCCAUACUGUCAUUUAUGUAAUGCUGUGAGACAGUGUGUGAAGCAGCAUGGUGUGGUAAGCUAUUUGUGCUUUAACUUAAACAUAUAUUAUUGAAUUUUAAAAGCUAUAUUCAGCUACCACCAAGACUUAUUUAUUUUACCAGUAAUCUUGAUAAUAUUGCUGCUGACAAACUAUGCAUGAUGGAGAGUGAAUACAUUUUAUAAAUGUGUGUCGAAUAUGCUAUCUUUUGUCUUUGUCCAAAUAAUGUAACUGGAUUUCUUUUAGAAUCAAUGUGUUCAUAAUCUGCAUGUGUUGAGCUGUUGAAGAUAUUAAGUAUAUAUAUACCCAUAUAAAACUAUGGGUUCAAAAUUCUCUGCUGCUGAAAUUCAAACAGCAAGGAUUCAGAAAAGUAACAUGCAUAAAAUAAUAUUAAUUAAUAUUGCAGAAAUCAAAUCACAAGCUCAGAAACAUUUUCUUAAAA